GAUUGAGCCUUAACAUCACUGUCAUCCUUCAUUAGAGGGCGCUGUAGUAGUACAGAAUAGUUUUCUUAGGGGAAAUGGUGCGUUAACUUUAAGAUUGCCAUGGUGACUGAAAGCGUUGCCAGGUUUUUUUUUCUACGACUCAGCAACGCCAACGCACGCAAGAUAAUCUUUUCAUUGCUGCUGGUUUCAAUGUCGGAAUAUAAAUAUCCUUAAAACCCUUAAAAAUAUCAGAAGUGGCAAAUGUUGUUUGGUUUAUUCAUAAUGUGUGCUACAGUACUGAGUGACCCAAUCGAGCUAUCUUAGCUAGCUAAUGUGACCCAAUCUAGCUUACUGUAGUUUAGCUACCCGUUAACAGUUGUUACUGUCAGUAUUGAAGCUACUGUAGUAGAGCUAGCUAACUGGCGAGAUAAUGUAGUACUGCAUUAGUUAUAAUGUAGUGCUAGCUAGUUUGCCUAGGCUAACUGUUAAACAACCAUGGAGGUUAGAUCGCCCUUUCCAAUGCUGAUCUUAGAUUUAAACAACUUCGAUAAAAUUGAAGCUGAUGGAAGCAGAUAUGUUUUAACCAGUCCUCGAUCACUAGAAUCAUGUGCACGAGUAGGUGUCAAACCAGUUGAACUUUUGAUACAAUCGCUUAAUGAGUUUAUUGAAGAGCACCAGGACAUUCCCUUCGAGACAGUGUCUAUCCUGUAUGAAGCAUACGAAAAGAAGCACAGAAAGCUUUUGCGAUUGUGUCGCGAGGAUAGGGAAAGGAUGAUUAAACUGGCAGAGGAUAGGUCUGGAAAGAAACUGUCAGCCUUGCAAACAGUUCUGGAGCUAGACAGUGAGAGCUCUGAUGCCAAGUCUAGGAAAGAUUGUGGUGGUGAAGACGAUAUGAAACCGGGAGCGGAUCCAUGUGUGGAUGAGGGCUUUAGAAAAAAAUCUGUUAGCCGGUGCAGGUCCUUCAUUACCACUGACACCCGACAACCAAUCAGGUUGAGAACAGAUGACCACAAUAACACAGUGUCUAUCAUGAGUUUGGGUGACCUCAGGCAUUCACCAGCCACUGAGAGGCAGCUAGAGAGACUAACCCAGUACAUCAAAAAGGAGAUGCAUGUCACAGUGCCAGAGAAAGACCGCAAGAUAGCAGCUCUGAUGCUUGUGAAACACCAAGAUGAGCAGGCCCGCCGGAAGCUCAGCCACCAGGAGGAGCGGGAGAGAGAGGAGGCCCGCAGGCAGGAGGAGCUCCACCGGGCUCGUGUCGAGAGGAGGAGGAGGAAGGAGCUGGAGCGCAGCACGCAGCGGUGGCGCGACGAGCAGGAGGCUCGCAGGAGGCUGAGGGAGCGUCGGGUGGAGGAGUUAUCCAGCCAGCGGGAGCAGGAGGUGCUGCUGCAGGAAGACCGCUGGAGGAGGCUGACCGAGGAACAGGAGGCCCAGCAGAGGGAGAGGACAGAGGCGGCGCGGACACGUUCGGCGGGGCGCAAACGCUACCAGGAGCAUCUGCUCCAAGGAAAGGAGCGAGAGGAGCAGCUGCUGAGGGAGGGGGAAUGGCGGCUGGCGAGGGAGAAGGAGCAGAGGGCCACGAGGAACAAGCUGUGCCGGGAGACGGGAGAGAGGACCAAGCUCCAACGGGAGAACCGCAGUUCUCUGUCGCACCACCUCCUCCUGAAGAAGAAGGCAGAGGAGGACGCGGAGGCCGAGGGCGCCCGGGCGAGGAGCGCUCUGGAGCAGAAGCUGAGACGCUCCGGGGAGAAGCACUCGCGUGUGACGGAGGCGCGGCUGCAGGAGCUGCGGGAGCGCGCCGCCCGAGAGGAGCAGCAGGCCCAGAGGAGCCAGCGCAGGGCCCAGCAGCAGAGCCAGCAGCAGCUCACGCACAAGCAGGUGCUGGCCCGGCUGAGCCAGCAGCGCAUGGAGCAGGCCACCCAGCACGCCCACGCUCAGCGCUGCCGCCGAGCCCAGCAGGCCGGCCAGGACAACCGGGAGAGGCAGCGGAGCCACCGAAGGCUCCGAGACGGGGUUCGCAGGGAGGAGGAGGCCGAGAUGGCUCGACGGCAGGCACACGUCGCCAUGAAGGAGCACCGGAGGGAGCAGUUGCAGGAGCGGAGGGAGAGGCGGCAGGAGGAGGCCCGCAAGGUGGUGCAAGCCUCCUUCCACAUGAGGGAGCGGGUGAGAGAGCAGACGCACAGGCGCACCUUCGACCAGAUGGCCCUGCAGGCCCAGCUCACAGCCUCCCUGGGGCGCAUCAAACUGUGAGAAUGUAGGCGAGGCGUACACGUGCACAGAGUCAACCCCUGAGAUCCUCGUGUUUGUGGCUGGAAACAGGCCUGGGUGGUUUCAAAUGAUUUCUUUUGUAUUCAUGUGAAUCAUCACCUAAUCGUAGCACUUAGGAGUCAAAUGUAUUGUAUGCAAGUCAUGUUAAUCAGACAAGGUUUGAAUCAUGAUUGUAGUAUUCUUCUAAAAGUAUUUAUGUGCAAAGUUAGAAUGCAGCCGCAGUAGCUGAGAUCAAGUAUGAAAAUGUUCUUGUCAGCCAAGCCAUGUUUGACAGAUACAUGAGCACUAGACUAUUCCUAUUUAUACUGUUGUGAUAAUGCAUUAGAUUUAGAGGCACUUUGAUGUGUUAGGGACAUUCUGUAACUUCGAAUUAUGUGGUUUAUGAGAUGUACUUUUCCACACUUUUGUGCUGUAAAGCAGUAAGAAUAGUUUUUGACACCAGUGUUUUCUGUAACUUAACACUUUGUUGCCCCCAUGUGUUCAGGAGAAACACUCCUAAGCUUGUUUAACCCUUGUGUUAU